AUGGAAAGAGUGCUUUGGGAAAGAAUUAAGGCUUUAGAUGGCCUGAUAGAUCGGAUGAAAGAAAAUAAAGAGAUCGGGUUAGUUGAGAUCUUACGAGAAGAGAUCGAAAGGUUGCGCAGAUUAAAUGAAGAGUAUGAAGAAGUAAUUCAAAGGAAGAGAGUGAAGAGUAAAGAAGAAAGUGAAGGUAAAGUUAAGUAUUGGUUGAAUGAUGGGUCUGUUUAUGUAGUAAAUAAGGAUAGGAAGUAUAAGUACUUGUAUGAUAAGAGUAGUGGAGUAGUGACUUAUGAGUUUGGUAGUGGUCAAAUAGAAAGGACGUUUCCGGGUGGGAUUAAAGAGAUAAGAACGGCCGAUGGUAAAAUUAUUGUGAAGAACUCAGAGAAAGAGUAUGAUAUAGUCAAUAAAUAA